UCCCCAUGACAACGGUAGAGAAAGCAGCUCCAUCUGCCAGUGGCCCGUUUCAUGUCAAUGUGAUUCAAGAGUGAAAGGGUAGCUAAGUGCUGCUGCAACAGGAUUGCUGUUAGGAAUUAAACUUUGAAACAAAAAAUACCAACGGUGCGAUUAAUUCCAAAGCAAAAGAACAAAGGAAGAAACUUUUCACGGCAUUGCUUAUUGACACAGUUAUGGGGGCACAUCGCUCUCACUGUCUUCAGACAAAAGACUCCUGCAGUAAAGUGAAACUGAGCUGCUUAGGUGCUUGUGAUCACAGUACAAGCAGAGGAAGUCCAACAAAGCUAAAGAAAAGAAGCAGAAAAGGCUUGAAGAAAGAGCUGCAAUGGAUGCAGUUUGUGCCAAAGUGGAAGCUGCAAACAAGCUUGAAGAUCCCCUGGCUUCAUUUCCAGUUUUUAAGAAAUAUGACAGAAAUGGGUUAAACCUGACAAUUGAAUGUCAGCGUGUCUCUUCUAUGAAGCCAGGUGUAGUGGAGUGGGCCUACGAUCUAACCAGAAACAACAUGCAGACACUUUAUGAGCAGAGUGAAUGGGGCUGGAAAGACAGAGAAAAGAAAGAAGAAAUGACAGAUGAUCGUGCCUGGUACCUCAUUGCUUUUGACACAGACAAUUCUCCUGUUGCUUUCUCACAUUUUCGCUUUGACGUGGAGUGUGGAGAGGAAGUUUUAUAUUGUUAUGAGGUCCAGUUAGAGAGUAAUGCACGAAGAAAAGGUCUUGGAAAGUUCUUGAUUCAGAUACUACAGCUUAUCGCUAACAGUACUCAGAUGAAGAAGGUGAUGUUAACAGUAUUCAAACACAAUCAUGGUGCUUAUCAGUUCUUCAGGGAAGCUUUGCAGUUUGAAAUUGAUGACUCAUCACCGAGCAUGUCUGGAUGCUGUGGCGAUGAAUGCUCUUAUGAGAUUCUGAGUCGAAGAACAAAAUAUGGAGAGGGUCAACAUUCUCAUGGUGGUGGACAUUGCGGGGGCUGCUGCCAUUGAGGGAGGAGCUCCCUGUUUUUCUUUGUAUUCAUCCAUUUUUUUAAAUCAUCCUUUACAUUAAAUUACAUUAAAUUGUUCCCAGCAUUAUUGUUGGUGUGUGCAAAAUGUUGAAUGCCAUACAGCUUUAGGUGAUUUUUUUUUCUCUGAACCAUUUUCGUAGUUCAUAUUUAAAUUUCCUCUCUGCAUGGAAUAUUUAUGAGGAAUAUAUACUGUAUUGUCUCCCAUCUUUUUUAAUCUUGACAUGCUACUGGCCAAUGGUUGGUCUACAUUACUUCCCUUAUCCACUUUGUUUCUACUCCGCUAAUAGUAUUUCUGUAUAUUUGUGAGUUUUAAACCUAGCUUUACUUUGUCACUCUACAGCAGCCUACAGCAUGUGCUUUUCAAGAAGUAAAACUGCUCGAGCAAAAAGGAUAACUGAUACCCAGUUUGUUUACAGACUCUUAGCCACUUCCGAUCUUAGAUCUAUUUUCUGGAAUUACUUAAGAAAUGUAAAAACACCCUCACUACCUCUCAUGUUUGCCUUUUCAACACUAUACAUCUAUGUACUGUAAGUGUCAAAUGUCGGUGAAGUUUUGCUUUACUGCCUAUCUGUAAACUUUCCUCUUUGUGACUGACAAUCCUUCCCCAACAUCUUGGCUACCUCGUGAUCUCCGCAUCCAGAGAAUUUUAUUCUGGGACUCAAAGAAAAACAUCAAGGGUCAUUGAGGUUCCCAUCUAAACUGUAGGGAAGGUCCAGCAGCUGAUCUUGAGGUACUGUACAUAGUUUGUUGUAAAAUGUUUGACUUGAAAGCAGCAAACAUUCUAAAGCAGGGCAUGCUCAUUAAAAAUAGCCCUUUUGUACGGUAUAACACCCUGAAACUGAUGUUAUUAUUUAGAAAUGUGUAGGUUGGUUAAACUUCACUUGAAUGAGUGGUGCUAAACAAAAAAUAAAUAUUUUUAAGGCACACAAUAUUAAAUGGCUCUAUUGACUACAGUGAGCAUAUUUGUUUGUCAUUUUGGUUGCUUUUUACAAAUUAAGUUUUAAGAAAAGCACAAUACCAUUAAAAAACAACUUUAUAAUAAAUGUGAAAAUGUACUGUAUCAUGCUGUAUUUAACUGUCUUAAGUUUAAGAACAAGUUGCUGCGAUAUGAAGUAGUAUCUAGAAAUUUUCAUCUUUCCUGUUUGGUGCUACAUUUAAAAUGUAAAAUAGAGAUUUUUUUUUUUGCUGUCUGCAAAUUUGAAAGCUUUCUGAUUAUCUUUCUAAUAGCAGCCAUACAUAAAUUUUCUUAAACUUUAUUAGUUUUCAAGUGCCACUUUGUAUUUAUAUGCACAAGUCUAAAACUUUCAAUAAAGAAAAGACCUAAAUCUCUUGGGAGAGUUAACAAGAAUGAUAACAUUAUACUUCUGCCAGCUCUUUAUUAAUUUUUACAAGUGUUUCUUCAGAAUGGACAGAAAUCUAGAUUUUAUUUUUCUUCUUACAAAGGCCUUUUGUGGAUGUCUGCAUUUUAUUUUUCAUUCUUGGAAAAGAUACCAUGACAUUUUCUGCUUUUUUUUUUUUUUAUUAUUAAUGUGUUAUAUUUCAUAAGUCAACCUUUCUUUUUAUUAUACAGUCUUAGACUGUGCAGUUAUUUCUUAAAGAUGUUUAAGUGCAUAACACUGUACUUUUUUUUUUUUCUUCUAUGUUUCCUUCUUGCCUGUAGUGAUUAAGGGAAAUCUGAGUACAUAAUACAUUUAGGUUCAAUGAAGGUUGAGGUUGCACCUUAUUGUGAUAAUUUUCUUAGUAUCGUGGAAGCAGAAAAUGUAUAAGUCUGUUGUGCUUAUCUUUGGAACUCUCAGGUUGAAACUCUUAGAGAUGUUUCCUCCUCAUUAGAAAAAUGCUGUUACCCACAUUUUGCUUUUGUAUCAAUUUUCAUUUCUUUUCUCAUAGUCUCUUCACUCCAAAUUUAGAAGUUACUUAAUUUACGUAAAGCAUCAUUCUUGUAGGAAGAAAAUUAAAGAAAUAUAAUUGUAAUUUGUAAGAAAAGGAAGGUUUUAGUGUAUGUAUUUGUAUGUGACUAUUUCUUCUUAGUCUACUUAUGCAUCACAGCUUUUAGUUAUUUUGCUGUUUAGUGACAUUUGAAAUUUCAUUGGAUAAAUUGCUCAGUAUUAAUAUAAAGUGUUAAACAUGCUCAAUGAAACACUUAUUUCAAUAAGAAAAAUCAUGUGCUGUAUCCUUUAAAGUGUGAAAAGUAGUGUGUUAAGGCAAUAGUCAGACAUCAUACCUUUGUUUGCAUAUGUUUGUAGGUAGUACAAUCUGUCAGAUAUGGAAAUUUUAAAUGAGCUGGUCAUCAAAAUAAAUGUAUGGAAGCUUAAAAUCAAAUAUGCACAUACUUCCCUGCUCUCAAUAGCAAGAAUUAAUUUAGGGUGUGUAUGUUUAUCAUCUAUAUAGGGUUUUGAUAUGAAAGUUUUAAUAUUGUAUGUUUCUGAUGGUGUCUGAUGUAGAAAUUGCCAGUCUGGCCUGUCAUGUAUGGUAUGGAUCUGGUGUUACAUUUAAUUAUUUUUAUCGUAUCUCAUUUUUUAUGCAAAAAAGUCUGGUUAAAAAAAUACCCAAAAAUUCAGGAAAUACCAUAUCCGUUUCUUUUGUCUGCUAUUGUGUUUAUUAUAAAAAUGAUACCGGUAUGUACAGUAUAUAUAAUACUGUGUGUGUAUAUAGUAUAUAUUGUGUAUAUAGAAAUAGUGUUGGAUUUGCAGAUUGCAGGUUUUGUCAUAAAGGAAAACUUUGCCAUGCUUUAAUAAUUCUGUUUUUUAUAGACUGCAAUGCAGUCAGGAUGCUCUUUGUAUUGAAACGUUAAAGAAAAAAAGUUGUCUUGUUACAGUACUUUUUAAACUUUUUUUAUGACUUGUGUACUCUGAGUUUGGUCCUCAACUUUCCCCUGCCUUGUUUACAUGUAUGAUACAUUUUUUAAUGUUUAACAUGUGUGUCCUCUUAAAUCAUUUACAUUGGCCAUUUUGAGAUAUGUUAGGAUAAAUAUUUUGUUUGAUUUUAGUUAAACGAGAAAGGAACACAACAAAGCAGUUUUUAUUUUGUUUUAUUUGUAUGUUAACAAAUAAACACUUUGACCCUAAAAAUAA